CGAAGACACUGAACUGCUCAGAGCACAGCAACCAAGAGGCAGAGAGUCAGACAGACAAGAGAAAGAGACAAGAGUCGGCGAGACAAGGGACACAACCAAAAGAGGUCGCGUUAGCCCCGCGGUGAGCGGGCGAUUUUGAAGAUGGAUGAGCUGAUCGCUGAGCUACAAGAAGAAACGGGAAACUUCUUAGCUGACGAUGAAAGCGCUGAGGUCCGAGGUUUAUGUCCCGAGGUUAAGCUUCCGCUCCCAGAGAGCGUGCUGCAAUUCCAAAUUCAUAGAAGCACAAAACAGAGGAGCUUCCGGAGGACUGCGAAAGUCUGUCUGGAUUACAUUCGCGAUGCUUUACUUCAGCACCAGUGGCAGAGAGCGGCAGACCUGAUGGUGAACUUAUUCGAGAUCUUAGAAGAUUACGGUGGCAACGCACAGAAGACGACUGCCAUUGAGAUCAUUUGGAGACUGGGAUCUGAAAUCCUGCACAAUCAUCCCAGGAGCACCGUGGAAGAUGUCAUUUCAUUUUCUAGCAAAAUGAAACUCACUGGAGUGAAAAACUACCUUCAGAAAUGCUUGGAGCACGUUAUUUACCUUUUGUACAACGGCAUGUUGAAUGAGGCUUACUUGGAACUGUCCAAUGCCGAAACGUGGCGAUAUGGAAAUAUAUCGUCGUCUCAGAGUGAACUGAUUCCGUUCAUUCAGGGCUAUAAGGCAUUGCUUGAUUACUGUACAUGGAGUAAGAAGUACGAAGAAUGUAAAAAGAGAGAAGAGGGUGAAAUGGAUAUGGGCACAGAACAAGAGAUGCACAACUAUUUCCGGCAAGCCUCGAUCGGACUAAAUCAAACUCUACAACACCCUGGUGUGUGGGACCCCUUUGUUCUGAGUUAUGUAAAUCUACUUGAAUUCUAUGAUGGUUUCGAUGAGGCCCUAAAGGUAUUAGACAACUACGCUUAUGACAGCAAAUUCCCCGCGAACCCAAAUGCUCACGUGUACUUGUAUGAGUUACUGAAGAAGAAUCAGUCCUCGCCCAAAAAAAUGAUCCGAGUACUGAAGAUAUUGUCUCAGAUGGUUCCCUCUCACGAAUUGAUGUUGGAUUUGAAUUCACUCCUCGUGGAAUCUUCAAAAAUGAAGAAUCGUAAGGAAGGGCUUGUUGUCCUCUUCAAUCUACUGGAUUUCCCCAGCUGGAAAGAAAACUACACUGUAUGGAAGCGAUUGAUAAAACAAAUGAAGUAUGCAGUGACAGAGAGACACGCCAGCUGGAUGGGAGAGCAGUGGCAGCUUCGGCAGAAUUGGUGGCCUGCGUUCCACUUCAGUGAACGCCAAGCACGGAGGAAUUUCGAAGCGAACGCGAGCUUCGCCUACAGGAAAGCAACGGUUGCUGGACUCCUCAUGGGGAAAGGUUGCAAGUACUUUAUCACCGUUUACCGACUGGGACGAAAAGUUGAGAAACCAAAAAUGAAGAAAAUGAAGCAAUACAUAAAGGAACACAGUCUCAGAACACCAAGUGGCUCUUAAACUGCGCCUGUGUAUGAAGAUACCUUUACAGAACUUUUUUUGUUUCGGAGUUUCAAGAAAACUUCUGAUAAGUUGGAAUUUCAAUUACUCGGGUUUGUGGACGUCAAAUGGGCGCAUUUUUGCUCGGCUGCCGAAGUCCGACCGGUUUGCGGGUGAACAUUUUAUAACAUUGAUUUAACGGUCCAUUUCCAAAGUAGCCCUGACAUUUGUUCAGCUUACCUGUCCUUGAAGAUGAGACCGCAGUUCUGUCUGUGUAAGAGAGCGGACUGUACAGCUUUAAUACAACGACAUACUAAUACUGAUCAACGUGUAAUUAAAUAGCUUUUUAUUACAACUGGGAUAUCGUAUGAAUCAAUCUACCGGUUGUACUAUGAACGUUGAAUGAUAACUCUUUAUGUUUGAAAAGGCAGAGCACCCGAGGCCAUAUUCUGAACCAAAUGAUUGCUUCCCCCUAAAAUAAUCUUCGCUAAUAAUACAGAGGAGCUUCAAGUCUCGAUCUGACCGGACACUGAUUCUGAGCUGCAGGGAGGGGGAAGGUUUGGGAAAUGUUAUCCAUAAGCAGGGAGAAGGUGAGGAUUGAAGAGUGCAGCUGAAUGAAUAUUGUGGAGUUUUUUUUUGCUAAAUGACCUGUGACGUCACAGUGUCUUUGCAGAACUUUUGCUCUGGGCAGAUAGGUAAAGACCACAACAGGGUAGGUUUUGUAUGGAAGAAGCAAGCUUAAAGGGUUGAAUGGCUUUUCUUCUUCCGUGCUUUGUUCCAGUAAGUUCUAAUGGAAGUGUUUACGUGAAAGGGAAAAAUAAAAGAACUGUCCAAAG